ACACAUAUAUCAGGGUAUAUCAUGGCGCAUGUCAAACUGUGCGUCUGCUAUCGCUUCGUCGGUCACCCGUCGUAGAAAAGGGUGUUUUAGAAAUUUUGAAAUGAAACAUAGAAAUUCUUUGCAACGAUAGAUAUUUGUGAUAUAUUCUACAUAUUUACUAUUCGUCAUACAGUAUAUGAAAAAUAUGGCAGAAUCAGCUGGGCCGAUCCUUCAUGUCAUAGUCGUUGGAUUUCAUCAUAAAAAAGGAUGUCAAGUAGAAUACUCUUUUCCGCCUUUAGUGCCUGGUGCACCAAAUGAGUGUCCGCAUGGUUGGAAGUACUUACCAACUUUAGCGUUACCUGAUGGAUCUCAUAAUUAUGACGAAGAUACAGUUUAUUUUCAUUUGCCUAGUCUCAAUGAUCCAAAACGUACCAUAUAUGGUAUUUCUUGUUUUAGACAAAUUCCAGUCGAGAAAUUAAAAAAUCGCACUUCUGAUAUAACUAGAGGAACAGUACAAAAAUCUGUUUGUGUAUUAAGUACUUUACCACUUUAUGGUCAUAUUCAAGUAAAAAUGGCGUUAAUAACGCAUGCAUAUUUCGAAGAAGGAGAUUUUAGUAAAGUAUCGUUGUUAGAAGAUACUUAUCGUCAUCUUAAUUCUUGUAUGAGCAGUGAAAGUCAAAUACCACCUCAAGUAUUUGUUGGUCUAUCUGCCAGAGAUUUUAUAUUACAAUUUCGCCAUAAAGUACUUCUUUUAUUUAAAUUACUUUUGUUAGAAAAAAGAGUGGUCUUUUAUCAAUCUCCUGUACAGCCAUUAUGUGCCACGAUAUUAACUUUACUUUCAUUAUAUCCCAGUAUGAUCGAACAUGGUCUUCAACAAGCAGCUUGCGUCAGACCAUCUAGACCAAUGUCUCCUAUACCAACUUUUGAUGAUGAAGAAAUUGCAUUAAAUAGUGUUGACUCUAAUUUAUCUACUACAAAUGUUAUAAAGGAGAACAUAUCAGAUCUUGCGCAUGAGAAUAUUAAUGAUAACUCAAAUAGAAAUUCAUUGUGUAUAAAUGAUAAUAAAACUAUUGAAACGAUGGAAGGAAAAUGUAUGGAUGCAUUUGGCAAUAUGACUAUUCAAAAAAAUAACAAUGAAAAUUUAAAUGGCAAAAUUAUUGAUGUAGAGUCAACACAAGAAUGCACUGAAAGUUAUGAAGAAAAUAAUUCUAAAUAUUCACCAAAAGCAAAUGACAAUGUACACAGAGUUCAUAGUGUGAAUACAAUUACUUUAGGCAUGGGUGAUGCUGAUAACAGUUUACCACGCGAUACAAGUAAUGAUGCACUAUCUGAUGCACGAUUGACCAACAAUAUAACUCAAAUCGCACAUAUAAACCCAGAACAUUGCGGAUUGCCAUUAAGUUUAUUUACCAAGGGAUACCUUUGUCUACCAUAUUUAUCUUUACCAUAUUUAGAUCUCUUAGGAGAUAUUAAUGUUAGAGGAUAUGUAGUUGGAGCAACAAAUGUUUUAUUUAAACAAAAAAAGCAACUAAUCGAUGUUCUGGUUGAGGUUGAAAACACAAGAAUAGAAGCUACUGAUCCAGAAUUGAGAAGACAAUUACAUCUUACUACUGAGGAUCUAAGAUUUGCAGAUUACAUAGUUAGACAUGUCUCUGAGCCUCGAAAAGAUAUUUUCUUGGAUGGAGUAGGAUGGGAAGGUGGAGAUGAAUGGAUUAGAACUCAAUUUCGAGUGUAUCUUUUAAGUAUGCUGCGUACUUCAAUGCAGCAAGAUACACGACAGUCGGAUCACUAUAAUUCCACAUUCAUGGCUGCUUGGCGUACUACAAAUAAUUACAAAAUGUGGAGUAGCUUGAAUAAACCAGAAAUUAAUAAUAUAGAACCUGGUCAUCCUUUUGCUGGUCAAUUAUCUGUACAAGAUAUGAAAUUACGUUUUUCGCAUACUAUGCAAAAUACUGAGAGUGGUAGGAAACUUAAUCAAGCUAUGCUUUCAACUGGAAGAGCAGUUGCAACUACUGGCAAGGCAGUAGGUGGUGCAAUUUCACAAGCUAAAGGAGCUUUUUCUAACUGGUGGAGUACAUUAACGACAGCACAAACAAUAGAUGAAAUGAAGACUGAUAAUCAAGCUUCGAAUAUUCACCAAACCACUCUUUCAAAUACAAUAGAAAAAACGCCAACUGACAAUGAAGACUUAACUAUCCAAGCUAAUAAUACAGAUGUGGUUGCUACUGUAGAUUGAUAGAGGAAACUGUAAGAUUAUUUUAUGGUUAAAAUGACCUUUUUUAAUCUGAUUUAUAAGAGCGGAAGUAUUCUAAGAAUGAUGAGAGACAAUUUCAAGGAAUCUGAAACAUUCAGUAAGUACUGUGAUAGAUAUCAAAUUUGAUUAUAUUAUCACAGAAACAGUUUCUUUGAUUAUACAUGAAAAGUUAAUUGAAUAAACAUACAUGCAUACUCGAAAAUCAUUAUUCGUGUACAGGACAUACAUCUAAAUCAUAACAUUUUUAAAACCGAUGGACGUAAUGUUUAUAACAAAAAAAAAAAAAAAGAAAUGCUUUAGUAUAUAAAAAUGUAGAUGUAUUUCUGAUCAUUAACUUUUUCAAUAGCAUGUAUACUCAUAGGUACAUGUUUUUAGUAAUGCUAGUUCACAGCAAAAGAAACGCAUUAUGUACAUUCGUUUAUGUAUUAUAUAAACAUAACUUCUUCAUGCAGGAAAGUAAAUAUAUAUUUAGACUCAUUGUUAAAUACAUCUUUUUUGAUUUAUAUAUAAAUCUCACUUGAAAAGUACCUGUAUCGUUAUAUUUUGUAUAUAAAAUGUGAGACAAUUUUUAGAGAUAUUUGUUGAGAUAUUACUUUACAAGAUAUAAUCUGUCAGUUAACAUAUCUUUUUAUAUAUUGCUCCAUUUUAUUUUGCCAAACAAAAAAUAAUUUCGUUUUCUUUACUUCAACUGAAAACACUAAAUGAUGUGAUGUUAUCUUAAGUAAAUGCGUUGAUUAUAAGAGAUAUAUUAUUUAAAAAAAAAAAAUUUAUUUAAUUACAUGAAACUAUUGUGAUCUGUAAGUAUUUUUUAUUUAUUUAUUUGAAAUUAAUGUUACUCGAAUAUAAGUAAAUGUAGUUUAUAUGUAUUAUUACUACAGUCUUUAUAUAACAUUAAAUGUAAUGCAGUUCCACGCUGCAAAAUGUAAAAAAGAAUUCUCAUAAAUAGCGCUACAUACUUGUUUGUAACAAGAUACACAAAUAAUUAUUAUCAAUCUUUUAAACUCUGUUCCAACAAAAAUUGUAUACGACUAUUAAACAUAAAAAAUUGCUAAGCAUGAAAUUAUAGUAGUUA